UACCUCUCUUACCUCUACUCCUCUCAUACACUCUUUUCUCCCGCCAUGUUCCGUCCCGCCUCUAGAGCCCUCCUCCGCGCGCCGGCCGUCGCCCGUGGCCCGGCAAGCAGACGAUUGAUAAGCACCGCUCCCGCCGAGUCCAAACCGAGGAGUUGGAAGAACACCGCUGUACGACUGGGAUUGGCCGCUGGCGCGAUCUACUACUAUAACACGAGCAAUGUGUUCGCAGAGAAUCCUUCCUUCUCCCUCAACUCCCAGCUUAAGAAAAACUCCGCCGAAGAACCCCUCCCCACCCUCGACUCCAUUAAGCCCCGGAUCCGCGAAGAACGGGAAUCCGCCGCCCCCAAGCCCCAUGCCGAACAAGCCCCAGCACAAGAGCUCUCUCUCGGCGAGGGCGCCUUGAAGUCGCCCCAGGAGCUCGAAGAGGAGGCCGGCCAGGAAGCUGCCUUCAACCCCGAAACGGGCGAGAUCAACUGGGACUGCCCCUGCCUGGGCGGAAUGGCUCACGGCCCUUGCGGAGAGGAGUUCAAGGCUGCGUUCAGCUGCUUCGUGUACUCUGAGGAGGAGCCUAAGGGCAUGGACUGUAUUGAGAAGUUUAAGGGCAUGCAAGACUGUUUCCGCAAGUAUCCCGAGGUCUACGGCGCUGAGCUUGAGGACGAUGAGGAGGGUGCUCCUGCUCCCGCCCCCGAGGGUGAGGCCCAGAACGCUGCGCCCCUAGCCACCGAGGUUGAUGCGGCUUCGCAUCCCGAGGAGAAGCGUGCCCGCGCGAAGGAGACUACCGCCCAGGUGAAGUCAGAGCUCUCCGAGAAGGGCGAGCUCCCUGAGAGCGACGACUUGCUUCCCAAGGCUUGGCACGACUCGGAAAGCAAGAACGAGACUCCGUCCGAGAAAUAA